UUCUUAGUUCAUCUUCUUUGUUCAGGAGUUGUUUGCUGCCUUGCUCUGCUCCACAUGGUAGGUCAUUUUCUCCUCCACUCCUCAUUCAAUUUUGUCAGUGUUGUUUCCAAUUUCUUGCAACAUGUCGAUAUUAUCAUGAUAAACCUAUUCAAGAAGUAUUCCAGAGUUGUACAUUACGAGCAAGGAAUGUAUAUUGACGGUACAAUAUGGUUGGUUUAUGAUAAAAGAUGAUACCAAACUGUUUCUUUGGAAUCCAACUAACCUUGAGAAAAUCAACCUCCCACCCUUAAAACACAAAUUUGGUAUUCGUAACUGCAUAUUUUCGUGUUCUCCAACCUCAACGGAUCAAGUUUGCUCCAUACUUUUAUUCCCACAUAAAAGCUACGAUCUAAGUGAGCCGAGUAUAUUAUUCUACUGUUGUCUUGGAGAUAAGCACUGGACGGAAGUGGACUAUGGUGAGGAUCUUGCGAGAGCUUCGACUGUGGAUAUGGAGGGUCGUCAAUUGGGUAAAACCUAUCUUUUUAACCCCGUUUACUGUAAUAGUCGCUUGUAUGCAGAAGUAUGCUUUACAUGGCAACACACUACAAGUCUUCUAGUGGUAAUAGAGAAGCUUGAAUCCUGCGACAUUGAAAUAAACUCUACACAUGUUUUCUUGCCCUCCUCCUCUAAUUACCGUCACGUGUAGAAGCCGGUUGUUACAAUUUAACAACGAACUAUUUCAUAUUCAAAUUACUUCUGAAAGACAUGUGAUUCUUUCUGUUGUUGUUCACCAAUUAGAAUAUUUUUCUCAAAUAGGGUGGGAAAGGGUAAAAAGCAUGAAGGACAAAGUGUUCUUUUUAUCGGCGAAUGACUUACCUUUUGUUUGUCAAGCAAUCAAUCCUGAAGCUGAAGGAGGACGUAUCUAUUUAACCUUAGAGAACAGUAAAUUUGUCUACAUAUACAGCGUUGAAGACAAUAGACUUAUAAUUUGUCAUGCUUUCUCUAAUUUACCAACAGAGGUGUGCCGAUCACUCUGGUUUAGGUCAGAUCUAAGCAUGACUUUUUCACUCCAAGAAAAAAAAGAAAAACGACUAACUAGAGUGGGGAAUAGUAGUGCUGAAAUUCAUUCAAAAAGGAUAGUGGAUAUAACUACCAACUGCUGUGCAUUUCCUUUAGAAGCACUUCUUCCUGAAAUGAGUCAAGAGGUUGCUACGAAACUUAAUGUACUUGAUUAUUUGCAUUUUCGAGCUACUAGCGGUUUCUUCCGUUCAAGAGUACUACCACUUCAAUGGAGGUCACACUCUCACUCUUUAAUGUCAUUUUUUGAUGAUCUUUCACUUUCUCCAUUACUUGUUUUCGUUGAAAAAGAAAAUGUCUUAACUUUUGUGCAUCCCAAGCAUGGUAUCAAGUAUAAAUAUAGCAUUAACUUACCCGAGGAUAUGCAAGGAGGUUGUAAAAUUUGCUACUUAAAGGAAGGUUGGCUAUUACUAACAGUAAAUAGAAUGUCUAACAUGUUCUUCAAUCCCUUUACAAGAGAAGUGACACAACUUGCAUGUGGACCUGAACCCAGUGGCGGAAGCACAGGGGUGACUUCCCUGUGCUUAGUCACCCCUGGCUUCCAAUCAUUUCUAAGGAAAAAAAAAUUUGAGGCUGAAUUUAGUCACCCCCCAUGGGACACAACACGUGAGUGAGAGGCAAGGCAACAUGACACCUUUUGUUUUCUUAUAUAUCCAUUUACUGCACCGCUGCACGUGACUACCUGAGCACUUCUUCUUCUAUUUUUUUCUAUUAAUAACAUGUAUGUGGGUCUCACUCACUAGUAUAUAAUUUAAAACAAAGACACUACCAUCUAAAAAAGAAAUAGAAGCGUGGUAAGUAAACAUCCAAACAGGAAGAACAGAUAAAGGAAAGAAACAAGGGAAAAGGCCAAAGGCAAGGAGAAUAAAACUUCAUUGUCUCAUUGAAUUUAUGACAUUGAAGAAACAACUCAAAUAAAGCAAAGAGAAAGAACAAGAGAUUUUGCUGGUAUAACAUUUAGAACCUCUCUAUAAUCUACUUUCUUUCUUGCUAAUACUUUUUCAUAUAUCACUUUGACACUUUCUAUGGAUAUUCAAAUUUUCAUGUGUUCAAACUCAAAUUUAUUGGUUUAAUUCUCUUUUUUGUUGCUUAAUUGGUCUGAUUAUAUGAGAUUGGAUUUGUGGUGCUUGUGUUUUGCUUGAAAAAAAGUGAUAAAAUAUAUGCACACCAAGUGUUUGUAAAAAGUCUCCUUUGAGAUUUAGCCUUCAAUAAAGAGUUUUUGCUUUCGUUGCUUCCUUCUUGUUAUGUUAUUGCUUUAAUUUGUUGUUUUUUGAUGAAUUUGUUAGUGUUAAUUGUUUAUUUUAAUGUUAAGAAAAGGAUUAAAUAUAGAAAGAACUUCGAAGUUAUAAUCAAAGUCAUGUAUUGUGUUAUUAUAAUCAAUUUUGUUCCACUAGUGAUAACUUUACUAUAUAAUUCAUUUUUUAUUUGCACAUUCUAUUGUUUUAUUUAAACUUUAUUGUUUUACUCAAAUUGUUUAUUUUAUUAGCUUGAAAAAUGAAGAAGAAGAAAAUGAUUGACUUUUACUUUAAGAGAAAAGAGAGAGAUGAUGAAGAAGCACAACCUUCACUUGUUUCACCAACUUCAAUAGAUACUAAUGUUUCAAAUAUCGUUGAAGUUGGGCAACCAACACAAUCAACCGUAGAGCAACUUGUCCAACCAUCUCCUUCAAAAGCUUUGAGAAUUGAACAAGAAAGAAUCAAUAUUGAUGCUUUGAUUCGUGAUCCUAGAAAGCGUCCAAGAAUUUUGGAUUAUCCUGUUAAUCAACAAGAUGAAAUUAGAAGAGCAUAUAUAAAGUUCGGGCCGUAUCAAUUUUUGAUGGAUGAAUAUCCGUUUUCUGUUUUUCAAGAUCAACAUCGUCGAUUUCAAGCUCGUUGGUUUGAAACUUUUACUUGGUUAGAGUACUCGCCCGAAAUGGAUGCUUGUUAUUGUUUUCCUUGCUAUUUAUUUUCUAAAAAGUCAAGUCCUUUCACUUCAAAAGGAUUUAGAAAUUGGAGAAAAGUGAAUAGUGGAAAAGAUUGUUCUUUUUUAACUCAUGUAGGAGACGGUCCUAAUUCAUCUCAUAAUGUUGCUCUUAAAUGUUGUGAAGAUUUCAAAAGUCAAUAUUGUCAUAUUGAUAAAGUUCUAUCAAAGCAAACUUCACAACAAAUUUCAUGUAAUCGGUUGCGUCUUAAAGCUUCGGCAGAUGCCGUUAAAUGGCUAACAUUUCAAGCUUGUGCUUUUAGAGGGCAUGAUGAAAGUGUGAGAUCUAAAAAUCGGGGAAAUUUUGUAGAGAUGAUAAAACUUUUGGCUUCUUAUAAUAGAGAAGUAGAUGAGGUUGUCUUGGAAAAUGCCCCUCAAAAUGCAAAGUACACAUCACCCACUAUUCAAAAAGAAAUCUUACAUGUUUUUGCAAGGAAGGUGCAAAGUGACAUUCGUAAAGAGAUUGGUGAUGCAAAAUUUUGUUUACUUGUUGAUGAAGCUCGUGAUGAAUCUAAGAGGGAGAAAAUGGCUAUUGUCAUUAGAUUUGUUGACAAGAAUGGAUAUGUUAAGGAGCGUUUCUUGGAUAUGAUACAUGUGAGAGAUACUACUUCACAUACUCUUAAGGAAGGAAUUUGUUCUAUAUUAUCUCACCAUAAUCUCAACAUUAAAAGCGAACGGGGUCAAGGAUAUGAUGGGGCUAGUAAUAUGCGUGGAGAGUGAAAUGGUUUACAAGCUUUGAUCCUUAAAGAAUGUCCUUAUGCAUAUUAUGUACAUUGUUUUGCUCAUCAGUUACAACUUGCUCUCGUUGCUUCGGCUAAAGAAGUAGUUGAUGUUCAUGCUUUUUAUCAAAACUUAAAUAUGAUUGUCAAUGUUGUAGGUUCUUCUUGUAAACGCAAUGAUGAGUUGCAUGCUGCUUAUGCAAAUGAAAUUUCACAUUUAGUUGCAAAUGAUGAGAUUGAAACACGAAGGGGGGCAAAUCAAAUUGGCACACUACAAAGACCCGGUGACACUAGAUGGAGUUCUCACUUAAAUUCAAUAACCCAGCUUUUACGAUUGUAUAAUGCAACAACUACAGUUCUUGAAGACUUGGCCAUUGAAUGAUCUACUUAUUCUCAACGAGGUGAUGCCACUUAUGCUUUCAAAUCAUUGAUGUCAUUUGAAUUUGUUUUCAUUUUACACUUGAUGAAAGAACUUAUGGGAAUAUGUGACAAACUUUUUCAAGCUUUACAAAAAAAGACUCAAGACAUCUUGAAUGCUAUUUGUUUGGUUUCUACCACAAAAUCAUUAAUUCAGCAGUUAAGGGAUUUUGGUUGGGAUGCUCUUCUACGAAAUGUUAGAUCUUUUUGUGAUAGUCAAUCUAUUAAAGUUCCAGACAUGAGCUCUUCUUUCUCUGACAUAAUUCGAUCUCGUCGUCAAAAGGAUAAAGUGACAAUAGAGCACCAUUACCGUAUUGAUGUAUUUAAUGUUGUCAUCGAUUAUCAGUUGAAAGUAUUGAAUAGCAGGUUCAAUGAGCAAGCAACUGAACUUCUUAAAUUGAGCACAGCUUUAGAUCCUUAGGAUUCAUUCAAGUUAUUUAAUGCUGAGCAUAUCUGCAGUCUUGUUGAGAAAUCUAUCCUUCGGAUUUUUCUGGCCAAGAAAAGAUUCAGUUAGUAUAUGAAUUGCAACAUUAUGAAUUUGAUGUGAUAAAAAAUGUCAACUUUCAGAAUUUGUCCACUAUUGGUGAAUUGUGUCAAAAGUUAGUUGAGAGUGAAAAAUCAAUUGUCUAUCCUUUACUUGAUAGAUUGCUGCGACUUGUUUUGACUCUUCCUGUAUCAACAACAACCACUGAACGUGUUUUUUCAGCUAUGAAAGUUAUAAAAACAAGGUUGUGCAACAAGAUGGAAGAUAUUUUCUCACUGAUUACAUGGUUGUUUAUAUUGAAAAGGAAAUUGCCGAAAAAUAUACCAGCGAUAUGAUAAUUGAUGGUUUUUACUCUAUGAAACAACGACGAGCACAACUUCAGCCUUUAAGUGUGAAGGUUUCAUCUUUAUCUACAAGGUAGAGGCACUUUUGUGCUGAUAAUUUUUUGGUGCGGAAGAGAUAUUUUGUGGUUCUUCUCUUCAAUUAUCUACAAGAUAAUCUUUUUGUUGAUCAUGAUUUUUUGUUCUUACUAAAAUACUUAUGAGCCGAUUAGUAUCUUUUUCACCCAAACUAAUCUUAUAUUUCUUAUGCUUUUAUUAAAUAUGUCUUGCACUUAAACUAAUUUUUUGUUCACACCAAAAUACCUAUGUGUUUUUUUUGGCAAAUUUUUUAUUUGAUAAGAAUUGAAAUUUUCAUACAAAUUAUAUUCCUUUACAUCCUAGUCCCCCCUAAUGAAAUUCCUGGCUACGCCCCUGCCUGAACCAGCACACUUAAGGAAUACAUCGUCUGUAGGAGUUUCACAUUCCCCAACCUCUUCUGAAUGUGUAAUAGUUGAACUCGAAGCUUGUUCUGAAAUAAUAGUACACACCACUUGCCUUGGGCAGGAAACGUGGAAAGAAACUGAAUUUGGUGACAGUGAAUUUUAUCUAAAAAAUAUAAGCCCUUGUUUCCAUAAUGGAGCAUUCUAUUAUCUUAGCGAAAAUGGAAAAUUGGGAAUUCUUGAAGUAGUAGGAGAAGAAGACAUAUUUUGGAAAGAAUGUGAGAAGCCUGAUGCUCCAUGCACCGACUACUACAAGUGCUUUAUUGUAGAAUGUAAUGAUAGUCUUU